AUGGGCCCGAAAGCGACACAGCCGCGGGCAGCUGCUAGCGGAGAAGGCCCGGGCGAGCCGAGACGGCGCCCCUUCGGCUUUAAGAACCCCGCAUCCCCGGUGCCCCCCGCUUGCCCGACGCUCGCCUCUGCCGUGGCUGCCCAGCGCCCACUAGCGCCUGCCUGCGCCCUUCGCCCCCCUUUCACGGGGAAGCGGAAAACUGCGGCAGGCAGGGAAGGAAGCGCCCCAAGUCCGAGCUCCCCGGAGGCCAGAGGGAGUCCCACCCGCUGGGAUCUGCAGGAAGGCGCUGGCCACCACGUCCCCAGAACGCGUCUCGGCGCUGCGCGCCGCCCACGGCCGGUCCCCAGGAGGCACAAAACGGGCCCGCCUCGGCGCCAGACGCGUUUGCAGCUGGAAAGCCCGGCCCGAUGCCCCUCCCCCUACACCCCUCCCAGCCCGCGCCCCGGGAGGAAAGUGGACCUGGGGCCAGGAGCCGGGGCUCUGCUUCGGGUCCCUCUUGGUCUGUCUAAAGUCUGGUGCAAGGGCCGAGGGUCAGCUACGGGCUCCCUCCUGGUGCCUCCCCCCACCUCCUCUUUCUGCCUUCCCCUUCGCUCUCGGGACUCCAAUCCUGGAGCCCAGCUACACUUGAGUCAAACCAAAAGCAAGACUGUGCAAGCAGGGACUGACCAGGGCAUCGUCAAAGCGAGGCUUGUCGGGCCCUCGCUUGUCGGGGAGCGGAGGAAGGGCCCCCUGUGUCGUGAGGAUUGUGGAAAGAAGGAAGCCGAGGGUGAAGGAAAAGAGGAAAGGGACGCAAAACAGGGCGGGUCAGACGGGGUUUGGAGGAGUGUGGUGGACGUAAAAACCCGAGCCAGCGCGGCAGCGGAUGGGCGACAGAGGCGAAGCGAGUCGGUCCAAAAUGUUGAGCAAUUCAGCUGCGGAGCCAAAAAGCCAUUUCCCACACUGCCCAGCCCCGGGCUUUUCCAGGCAGCUCGGCUGGCGCGGGGCAGUUGGCACCUGCCAGGGCUGGAGCAAAGUGCAGGACCGGCGCUCUGGUUGCGGGAGACACUGACAGCGGACGGACAGACAGCCCAGCAAUUCCUUCCCAGCAGAGACGCGAGGCCAGGCCACUGGCAGCUCCGCACACCUGGCCAGGCGGCCGGGGCUCCUGGCCCCCUCGGGCAGCCGCACUCGGACCGCCUGCCUGCCCGCCCGCCCGCGCCGCCGUCGCCCCCGCGCUGGGGCGCGCAACCCGAGCGCACUGCGGGGCCGGCGCCCGCUCUCCCUCGCACUUCCCCGAUCCCACAAACCACUAGGGAGCUCCCCAAGUCCGCGCCGCGUCUGCUUAUCUUGCAGCCGCCACGGUUGUGCUGCGUCUGGCCCCAGCUCGCACCCGGCGCAGCGCCGUCCAGUAAUUACGCGCCCUCGGCCGGCGCCAUGUGCACCCGGCGGGCACCCAAGGUCCAGCCGUCUCCAGCCGAGCCUUUCACGCCUCCUCUCCCCGCAACCCCCUCCGCGCCCCACUCGAUGCUCCUCUCUCCCCACCUCCCCCGGUCCUCCAGCCGCGCUCCACACCAGCGGCUGCAGCGCUGUCCCGCCAAACCGCGGGCGAGGAAUGAAAAUACUCAUUAA